AUGAAGAUAUUCGUUAAGACCACCACAAACACCGGAAGGAUAGAUAUGUUUUACCUAUUCGUCAAAAGCUCCGACUCUAUUCGUGAUGUGAAAGACAACAUCUAUGAUGAGAAUGGUAUUCCCCAAAACCAACAAGUGCUCAUCUUUGGCGGAAAGCAGCUCGAUAACAGCCUUUCCCUCAAGGACUACGGCAUCAAGAAUGAAUCCACACUCCAUCUGCUCCACGCAUCCAUUAUGAUGAUGAGGGGUAUCAUACCAAUGAAGUUAUUUGUGAGGACCAUCUCCCUUAGAGAUACCACCUCUUUGGAAGUUAAAAGCUUUGACACUAUUCGACAAGUGAAAGCCAAGAUUGCUGCUAAACUACAUAUCGAUGAUGUAAACCAUCAGAGGCUCUACUUCCACCGAAAGGAGUUGGAGGAUGAUCGUACCCUUGAAUACUACAACAUCCAAGACAAAUCAACCAUAGAUUUUCUUUUUUGCAUAUAUUAUAUAUAA